CAACAUGAUGAGCGGAUCAGAUAUCCCACAUAUGUGCCUAAUGUACACGUGUGAGACGAGUGCCAUCAGCUUUUAAGUCUCCGAUCUCGGCACUCGACUCUCGUUUUUUUACUGUUCGCUGUUCUUCUAGAAAUAAGAAGACGGGUCUCAGUGACUUCCACUUCACAGCUUAACUUAUUUGUACAUAAAUAAAUAAAAUGCCACGGAGGUCUGGUGGCUCUUCAUCCAUGGUUCGAUCAUCUAAUGUUGGCGAUCAACCCGAUUCAAACGGACGCGAAGAGAUCCCUAAAAGGUCAGCAUUUGUAUGGCUGGCAUUGUUUGUUGUCCUCCUCAAUUGCACCUGGGCUGUUUAUCAUUUUCAGUAUGAGAGUCUGCCUAUCCCUCUCAAUGCCGAUCAGGCGGGCAAACGGGGAUUUUCAGAGCAGUUGGCAAUGGAGCAUGUCAAGAACCUGACCAGAUUGGGUCCUCAUCCUGUUGGUUCAGAUGCUCUCGAUCUUGCAGUGGAGUAUGUGUUGACAGCAUCGGAAAACAUUAAGAAAACGGCUCACUGGGAGGUUGAUGUUCAAUUGGAUUUCUUCCAUGCAAAAUCUGGUGCGAAUCGUCUCUUCAGUGGCCUUUUUAAGGGGAAAACGCUUGUAUAUUCAGAUCUGAAACAUGUGGUCUUGAGAAUCUUGCCAAAGUAUCUGCCUGAAGCAGAAGAAAAUGCGAUUCUGGUUUCUUCUCACAUUGAUACUGUUUUUUCAACGGAAGGAGCUGGUGAUUGCAGUUCAUGCAUAGCUGUUAUGUUGGAGCUUGCUCGAGGCAUUUCUCAUUGGGCUCAUGGAUUCAAGAAAUCUGUUAUCUUUUUGUUCAAUACUGGUGAAGAGGAGGGUCUUAAUGGUGCCCAUAGCUUCAUAACACAGCAUCCGUGGAGGAGUGCAGUUUGUCUUGCUGUUGAUUUGGAGGCCAUGGGUAUAGGAGGAAAAUCAGGCAUAUUUCAGAGUGGUUCAGAUCCAUGGGCUAUUGAAAGUUUUGCGAGGGUUGCAAAGUAUCCAUCUGCCCAAAUCAUUUCACAGGAUCUCUUUCAUUCUGGAUUGAUAAAGUCUGCAACAGAUUUUCAAGUAUACAAUGAAGUUGCUGGCCUUUCUGGGCUCGAUUUUGCAUAUACGGAUGUUGGUGCUGUUUAUCACACUAAGAAUGACAAAUUGAGUCUUUUGAAGCCGGGCUCUCUUCAGCAUCUUGGAGACAACAUGCUUGCUUUCCUGCUUCAAACUGCUACUUCCUCUUAUAUUCCAAAAGUAAAGGCAAUGGAAACAAAAGAAGACGAAGGCCACAAUCGCAUUGUUUAUUUUGAUGUUCUGGGGACUUACAUGGUUGUGUACCGUCAACAUCUUGCAAACAUUCUUCACAACUCAGUGAUAUUACAGGGGCUUCUAAUAUGGACAACAUCAUUGUUUGUUGGUGGUUAUCCAGCCACAAUAUCAUUGUGCUUAUCAGUUCUAAGUGUUUUCCUCAUGUGGAUAUUUUCACUAAGCUUAGCUCUUCCUGUUGCCUUCCUUCUACCAAUAAUUUGUUCAUCUCCUGUGCCAUAUAUUGCAAACCCUUGGUUAGUUCUUGGGUUAUUUGGUGCACCUGCAGUACUUGGGGCACUAAUAGGUCAGCAUAUUGGUUACCUCAUUCUUCAAAAAUAUUUGCGGACUGUUGCUUUCAGACGUGAUCCCAAGCAUAUUCGAGUUGAUUUAAUCAAGUGGGAGGCUGAAAGGUGGCUUUUUAAAGCUGGUUUGUUUCAGUGGCUUAUUGUUUUAAUAGUGGGGAAUUUUUACAAGGUUGGAUCUUCCUAUUUAGCUCUUGUGUGGCUAGUUUCACCUGCUUUUGCUUAUGGCCUGAUUGAAGCAACCUUAUCACCAAUGAGAUCACCCAAGCAGCUCAAGAUUGUAACCUUAGUUCUGGGUUUGUCAGUGCCCAUCUUAAUUUCUGCUGGCUUAUUUGUUUGGCUGAUGGGAGCGGUAACUGGGAUUGUAGUUCGAUAUGAUAGGAAUCCUGGUGGCACACCUGAGUGGCUAGGGAAUGUGGCGAUUGCUGUAUCUGUUGUCGCUAUUGUUUGCCUUACAUUGGUGUAUCUUCUUUCGUAUGCUCAUCUUUCGGGAGCAAAAGAAUCAGUUAUUCUUGCAACUUGUGCUGUGUUUGGUCUCACUCUAAUGGUAGUAUUCGCUGGCAUCGUCCCUCCAUUUACAAACGAUGUCGCCCGAGCUAUAAAUGUCGUGCAUGUUGUGGAGACAACAGGAAUAUAUGGCGAAGUACAGAACCCAGUUUCUUAUGUUUCUUUAUUUUCCUCGACUCCUGGAAAACUGACAAAGGAAGUGGAGAGCUUGAAAGAUGAAGGAUUUGUUUGUGGUAAGGAGAAGAUUCUUGAUCUUGUCACGUUUACCGUCAACUAUGGUUGCUACAGUUCUGCUGAUAGCGAACAUGGGUGGAGUGAAUUGGACAUUCCCAUACUCCAAGUAAAACGUGAUUUGAAGAUGGAUGUAAGGAUGACCCAAGUUUCCAUUGAUACUAAAGUAUCUACACGCUGGACCCUUGCAAUCAACACCAGAGAAAUUGAAGAUUUCAAGUUUGAAGGAAACUCGGAGGAGCUGGUUCCAUUGGGCAAUAAGACCAGUGUUGAUGGAUGGCAUACAAUUCAGUUUUCGGGUGGGAAAAAUGCACCCAUGAAAUUUGAAAUAACCCUCUUCUGGUUUAAAAAUUCUACCCGACCAGCCCGUGAGAAUGAGCAGCACCAACAAGAAGACUUUCAUCUCCUCCUGAAAUUAAGAACAGAUGUAAACAGAAUUACACCAAAGACUGCGAGAGUUCUCGAGAAGCUUCCUUCCUGGUGUUCUCUCUUUGGUAAAUCAACUUCUCCUUAUACAUUAGCUUUCUUAAGUAGCCUACCAGUUGAGAUCUAGAACUUGAAUAUAAUAGGUUCCUGAAAGAUUGUUUUUCUAUUUAUUGUGGUCUAUUUUCGAGUAGCUUUUCUGUAACUGUUACCAGCUGCAUGUAACAAAAAUAAUGUGUUUAUUUGCCCAUUUCUUUCUAGGUAUUGUGGUAUGCAUUUUUUUUUUCUAAGACUUAAUAUGCAUGCACACAAACUGUUUACAAGUGGUGUAUUGUACCUCAA